CACUGUGGAGACAGGAUGAAAUUGACCAGUGAAAAGUUGCCCAAGAACCCCUUUUAUACUUCUCUAUCCCACUAUGCUGCUAAGAACCAAAAACUCUUCCAAUGGAGAAAGGAAAAGACUGAUCAUUACAGCCAUGCUAGUUUGGUGGAUAAGGCAUUGCACCUCUUGAAGGAAAGAAUAAGAAGAGGGGAUACUCUGGCAUAUUUCCUACGAGGUCAACUGUAUUUUGAAGAGGGAUGGUAUGAAGAAGCAUUAGAACAGUUUGAAGAAAUCAAGGAAAAGGAUCAUCAGGCAACUUACCAGCUAGGAGUGAUGUAUUAUGAUGGCCUGGGGAUGACUGCAGAUGCUGAAAAAGGAGUGGAAUAUAUGAAGAAAAUUAUUGAUUCUCCGUGUCCCAAAGCAAGACACUUACAAUUUGCAGCAGCUUACAACCUUGGAAGAGCUUAUUAUGAAGGAAAAGGCGUUAAACAAUCAGACGAGGAAGCUGAAAGACUGUGGCUUUUUGCUGCAGACAAUGGAAAUCCAAAAGCUAGUGUGAAGGCUCAAAGUAUCCUAGGAUUGUAUUACUCAACAAAGGAACCCAGAGAGUUAGAGAAGGCAUUUUAUUGGCAUUCAGAAGCUUGUGGCAAUGGAAACCUGGAAUCCCAGGGUGCACUUGGGCUCAUGUACUUUUAUGGACAAGGCAUCCGCCAGGAUACUGAGGCUGCCCUGCAUUGCUUGAGGGAAGCAGCAGAGCGUGGAAAUGUCUACGCUCAAGGGAAUCUCGUGGAGUAUUACUAUAAGAUGAAAUUUUUUACAAAGUGUGUUGCAUUUUCCAAAAGGAUUGCUGACUACGAUGAGAUUCAUGACAUCCCCAUGAUAGCCCAGGUCACGGACUGUCUCCCAGAAUUCAUCAGCAGAGGCAUGGCCAUGGCCUCUUUCUACCACGCACGGUGUCUGCAGCUUGGCUUGGGUAUCACAAAGGAUGAAGCAACAGCUAAACACUAUUAUUCUAAAGCUUGUCGUCUGAAUCCUUCAUUGGCAGAUGAACUUCACACUUUACGUAUUCAUCAAAGAAUUUAG